AUGCCUCGUGCCAACGACACCACCUCAAAGAUCUUCUACAAGGGUCGUUCGGACGACUUCAUUGUUUUCGUUGACGAUGUCGAGAGCGUGAAGAAGUGGAAGGAUGACCGUAGCAUCCCAUUGAGCGAUGUUGUGAACGGCUGGAAGAUUUUCUUGACUCACUCUCAUGGCGCACAGGGUGUUUUGGAUGGUGCCAGCAAUGCUGCCCUCGAGAACGAAUUCGGCACCCACAACGAGGAUGAUUGCAUGAUCAAGAUCCUGGAGGGUGGCGAAUUCCAGUCGAAUACGGCUGCCGAGCGUCAAGGCGGCAAGAACGACGCCAACGGUCCCAUUGGCAUUACCCGGUAA